CUCCUCCUCCUCCUUCUUCUCCUCCUCCUCCUGCCGCUGCCGCUCCCUUCGCUUCCCCUGCCCGCGCCCGGCCGGCCGCGGCGGGUGUAAAGGUCGGCGCGCCGGUGUGUCGGAGUGUCCGUGUGUCCGUGCGGCCGUCGGUCCGGCCGCCCGCCGCCCCCAUGCCCCGCGCCUAGCGCCGCCCGCCCCGGCCAUGUCCGCCGCGCAGCUCUACACCAAGUACACUAGGGUUUGGAUUCCUGACCCUGAUGAAGUUUGGAGAUCAGCAGAAAUUAUCAAGGAUUACAAAGAGGGAGAUAAAAGCCUCCAGCUGAAACUUGAAGAUGAAACUCUCUACGAGUACCCCCUCGACCUGCCAGGGAGCGAGCUGCCCUUCCUACGGAACCCAGACAUCCUGGUGGGGCAGAAUGACCUGACAGCCCUCAGCUACCUGCACGAGCCCGCGGUCCUGCACAACCUCAAAGUCAGGUUCCUCGAGUCCAACCACAUCUACACCUACUGUGGUAUCGUGCUGGUGGCCAUCAACCCCUACGAGCAGCUGCCAAUCUACGAGCAGGAUGUCAUCUAUGCCUACAGUGGCCAGAACAUGGGGGACAUGGACCCCCACAUCUUCGCCGUGGCCGAGGAAGCCUACAAGCAGAUGGCCAGGGACGAAAAGAACCAGUCCAUCAUCGUGAGCGGGGAGUCGGGUGCGGGCAAGACGGUCUCUGCCAAAUACGCCAUGCGCUUCUUCGCCACCGUCGGGGGCUCCGCCAGCGAGACCAACAUCGAGGCCAAGGUCCUGGCCUCCAGCCCCAUCAUGGAGGCCAUUGGAAAUGCUAAAACAACAAGGAAUGACAACAGCAGCCGCUUUGGGAAAUACAUUCAGAUUGGCUUUGAUAAAAGAUACCACAUCAUUGGUGCCAACAUGAGGACGUAUCUGCUGGAAAAAUCUCGGGUUGUGUUUCAGGCAGAGGACGAGCGCAACUACCACAUCUUCUACCAGCUCUGUGCCUCCUCAAGCCUCCCAGAAUUCAAAGACCUUGGACUCACGUGUGCUGAAGACUUUUUCUACACUUCUCAGGGAGGUGACACGUCCAUCGAUGGCGUGGAUGAUGCUGUUGACUUUGAGAAGACCAGACAUGCCUUCACCCUGCUUGGAGUGAAGGAGUCUCAUCAGAUGACCAUUUUUAGGAUAAUUGCUGCCAUUCUGCACCUGGGGAACUUGAAAAUCCAAGGGGAACGAGAUGGGGAGGUCUGCAGUGUGUCGAGCGAGGACGAGCACCUGAGCAACUUCUGCAGCCUGCUGGGCGUGGAGCACAGCCAGAUGCAGCACUGGCUGUGCCACCGCAAGCUCGUCACCACGGCCGAGACCUACGUGAAGAGCAUGUCCCUGCACCAGGUGGUGAACGCCAGGAACGCCCUGGCCAAGCACAUCUACGCCCAGCUCUUCAACUGGAUCGUGCAGCACGUCAACAAGGCCCUGCACACCACUGUGAAGCAGCACUCCUUCAUCGGCGUGCUCGACAUCUACGGGUUUGAAACUUUUGAAGUGAAUAGCUUUGAACAGUUCUGUAUCAACUAUGCCAACGAAAAGCUCCAGCAGCAGUUCAACUCGCACGUGUUUAAGCUGGAACAAGAAGAGUACAUGAAGGAGGGAAUCCCCUGGACUCUCAUAGACUUCUACGACAACCAGCCCUGCAUAGAUCUGAUAGAGGCCAAGCUUGGGAUCCUGGACCUGCUGGAUGAAGAGUGCAAGGUGCCCAAGGGCACGGACCAGAACUGGGCUCAGAAGCUCUACGACCGCCACGCCGCCAGCCAGCACUUCCAGAAGCCUCGCAUGUCCAACACCUCCUUCAUCGUCCUGCACUUCGCCGACAAGGUGGAGUACCAGAGCGAGGGGUUUCUGGAGAAGAACAGGGACACCGUGUACGAGGAGCAGAUCAACAUCCUGAAAGCCAGCAAGUAUCAGAUGGUAGCAGACCUGUUCCAGGAGGACAAGGACGCCGUGCCCGCCGCGGCCGUGGCAAAGAGAACACCGCGGAUCAACGUGCGCUCUGCCAAGCCAGCCUUCAAAGCUGCCAACAAGGAGCACAGGAAGACAGUGGGACACCAGUUCCGCAACUCCCUGCAGCUGCUGAUGGAGACCCUGAACGCCACCACCCCGCACUACGUGCGCUGCAUCAAGCCCAACGACGAGAAGCUCCCCUUCAAGUUUGAUCCGAAGAGAGCAGUGCAGCAGCUGAGAGCCUGUGGGGUGCUGGAGACCAUCCGGAUCAGUGCAGCUGGCUUCCCCUCCAGGUGGUCCUACUCUGACUUUUUCAAUAGAUACCGUGUGCUUAUGAACAAGAGAGACCUCUCUAAGAAUGACAAGAAGCAGAUCUGUCAGACCCUGUUGGAAGACCUCAUUAAGGAUCCAGACAAGUUCCAGUUUGGCCGUACCAAGAUCUUUUUCCGUGCAGGCCAGGUGGCAUAUCUGGAGAAGCUGCGGGCAGAUAAGUUCAGAGCUGCCACCAUCAUGAUCCAGAAGACAGUGCGGGGCUGGCUGCAGAGGGCCAGGUACCAGAGGCUGAGGCGAGCCACCCUCGCCCUGCAGCGCUACGCCCGCGGGCACCUGGCACGCAGGCUUUUCCAGCACCUGAGGAGGACGAGGGCUGCCAUCAUCCUGCAGAAGCAGUACCGAAUGCUGCGGAUGCGCCGGGCCUUCCUCAGGGUCCGCAGCGCCACCCUCACCAUCCAGGCUUUUGCUCGGGGCAUGUUUGUCAGGAGGAUUUACCACCAGAUGCUGACGGAGCACAAGGCCACCAUCCUGCAGAAGUACGCGCGGGGCUGGCUGGCCCGCGCGCGGUUCCGCCGGGCCCGGGCCGCCGCCGUGGUGCUGCAGUGCCACUGGCGGCGCCUCAGGGCCCGGCGCCAGCUCCAGGCGCUCCGCAUCGAGGCACGCUCGGCGCAGCACCUCAAGAAGCUCAACAUCGGCAUGGAGAACAAGGUGGUGCAGCUGCAGAGGAAGGUGGACGAGCAGAACAAGGAGAACAAGCUUCUGAAUGAGCAGCUGUCCAUGCUGACAUCAGCCCACUCCUCCGAGGUGGAGAAGCUGAAGAAGGAGCUGCAGCAGUACCAGCAGACCCAGCAGGGCGAUGGCAAGCAGCUCCUCAGCCUGCAGGAGGAGAUGGAGAAGCUGCGGAUGGAGCUGGAGAGGGCUCAUGGGGAGAGGGAGGUCCUGGAGGACAGCCACGGCAAGGAGAGGGACCUGCUGAGGAAGCGUAUCUCCGACCUGGAAGAAGAAAACGCUCUCCUGAAGCAGGAAAAAGAGGAGCUGAACAACAGGAUCCUCUGUCAGUCUGAAGAUGAAUUUGCACGAAACACAGUUGAGGAAAAUAUGCAAAUGAAAAAAGAGCUGGAAGAGGAGCGAUCUCGUUAUCAGAACCUGGUAAAAGAGUAUGCAAGUCUGGAGCAGAGAUAUGACAACUUGAGAGAUGAAAUGACUAUUUUUAAGCAAACACCGGGGCACAGGAGAAACCCAUCCAACCAGAGCAGCUUGGAGUCUGAUUCCAAUAACCCAUCCAUCUGCACCUCUGAGAUCGGGGACACCGAGGAUGUGAUACAGCAGGUGGAGGAGAUUGGGAUGGAGAAAGCAGCCAUGGACAUGACCCUCUUCCUGAAGCUACAGAAGCGAGUGAGGGAGCUUGAGCUGGAGAGGAAGAAGCUGCAAGCCCAGCUGGAGAAAAAGGAGCAAGACAGCAAGAAAUCCCAGGUAAUUGAAAUAAAGACUGAAGUGACUUCAGAACAUGAAGAUUUUGCAUACAACAGCCUGAAGAGGCAAGAGCUGGAGUCGGAGAACAAGAAGCUGAAAAAUGAGCUCAAUGAGCUGAGGAAGGCCAUCGCAGACCACGCCACCCAGAACAACUCCUCCAACGACGUGCAGGACGGCUACAACCUCCUUCUGAACCAGCUGAAAUCGGCCAACGAGGAGCUGGAGGUGCGCAAGGAGGAGGUGCUCAUCCUCAGGUCGCAGAUCAUGAAGGCAGCCCAGCAGAAAGAGACGGGGAAAAACAUGGUAAAGGAGAGGGAGAGCAUCUCCCCCAAUGCCAGCUGGCCCAACAGUGACCGGCACGUCGACCAGGAGGACGCGAUCGAAGCCUACCAGGGCAUGUGCGAGACCAACCGCAAGACUGAGGACUGGGGCUAUCUCAAUGAAGAUGGAGAGCUCGGCUUGGCUUAUCAAGGUUUAAAGCAAGUUGCCAGGUUGCUGGAAGCACAGCUCCAGGACCAGCGAAGGGAGCACGAGGAGGAGAUGGAAGCUCUGAAAAACCAGGUGGAUUUAAUGCAAGAGGAACUGGAGAAGCAGCAGCAGGCAUUCCUGCAGACUCUGCAGCUCUCUCCAGAGGUCCAGGUGGAGUUUGGACUUCAGCAAGAAAUUACACGUCUGACCAAUGAAAACCUGGAUCUUAAAGAAUUGCUGGAAAAGUCAGAAAAGAAUGAAAAGAAGCUGAAGAAGCAGCUGAAGAUUUACAUGAAGAAGGUCCAAGAUUUUGAAGCAUCCCAUACAAUGGUGCCAGUGGAGAGGAGGCCGCACGAGCGCAACAUGCAGGUUGCUGUCCAGAGGAAGGAGAAGGAUUUUCAGGGCAUGCUGGAAUAUUACAAAGAAGAUGAGCCACUCCUCAUCCGAAACCUCAUUACAGAUCUCAAGCCCCAGGCAGUGUCUGCUACUGUUCCCUGCCUUCCUGCUUACAUCCUCUACAUGUGCAUCAGACAUGCAGAUUACAUCAAUGAUGACCAGAAGGUGCACUCCUUGCUCACCUCCACCAUCAAUGGCGUUAAGAAAGUGCUGAAGAAGCACCAGGAUGACUUUGAGAUGACGUCGUUCUGGCUGGCCAACACCUGCCGCCUGCUGCACUGCCUGAAGCAGUACAGCGGGGAGGAGGGUUUCAUGACCCAAAACACGGCAAAGCAGAAUGAGCACUGCCUGAAGAACUUCGACCUGACCGAGUACCGCCAGGUGCUGGGCCACGUCUCCAUCCAGAUCUACCAGCAGCUCAUCAACAUUGCAGAGGGCAUCCUGCAGCCCAUGAUCGUGUCUGCUGUGUUGGAAAAUGAGAGUAUCCAAGGGCUUUCCAGUGUCAAACCAGUGGGCUACAGGAAAUACGCUUCCAAUGCGGGUGACAGCUCCUACAGCUUGGAUGAAAUGAUUCGCCAGCUGAACACAUUCCACAGCAUCAUGUGUGACCAGGGCCUGGACCCAGAGAUCAUCCAGCAGGUCUUCAAGCAGCUCUUCUACAUGAUCAAUGCCAUCGCCCUGAACAACCUCCUGCUGAGGAAGGAUGUCUGCUCGUGGAGCACGGGCAUGCAGCUGAGGUUUAACAUCAGCCAGCUGGAGGAAUGGCUGCGUGGGAAGAAUCUUCAGCAGAGUGGAGCAGCACAAACUUUGGAGCCCUUGAUUCAGGCAGCACAGCUCCUGCAGCUGAAGAAGAAAACCUCAGAGGAUGCUGAGGCCAUCUGCUCCUUGUGCACGUCGCUCACGACCCAGCAGAUUGUAAAGAUACUCAAUCUCUACACUCCUGUGAACGAGUUUGAAGAACGUGUGACUGUGGCUUUCAUACGAAACAUACAGAAGCAGUUGCAAGAACGGAAUGACCCUCCACAGCUGCUGUUAGACUUCAAGCACAUGUUCCCAGUUCUGUUCCCCUUCAACCCAUCUGCCAUCACCAUGGACUCCAUUCAUCUCCCUGCUUCUCUCAACUUGGAUUUCCUCAAUAAAGUCUGAAGAAAGUAGAAUUAAACUCACCUCUCACCAGAGAGUCUCCCAGAGACUUCCAGCAACAAAAGAAAAAAAAAAUCAAAAAAAGAGCUCUUUAAAUAUGGACCAAACAGGCUUAUGGAAGAACCAGAACACAGUAACAAAUGGAUGCUAAAAUGUACACUAAAAAAGACACUGGUCUGUAUGUGAUUUUUUUUGGUAAUUUGCAUCUAAGAAAUAAGGAUACUUGAAAAAUAGAUUUAUUUUUUACUUCUUGAUUUUAUGUUGACAUAGUUCAAAGCCCAUAAUCAUCUCCAAAAGCCAGGAAGUGGGAGACAGCUUAUUUUGAUUUUCAUGGGUGUCUAUGACAAAAACAAAAUUUGAGACACUUGUGCUGCCUUGAAGGAUGUGUCAUUUGUCUAGUAGCAGGUGGUCUUGAGUGUAUGAAUAGCAGAACAUGCAGUUCUGCCUUCAGUUCUUGCUAGUAGCAGCAUUCAUGAUAGUGAAUUGAAAAGGUUAAUUGCAGAAGGUGUGUAUUUAUCACAUCAUAAAGGUAAAAGGGCUGGGAUGCUGCUUGUUUUCACUGAUAUGGAAUUUGUCACUAAUUGUAUGUUUGAGAAAUACUGUUGCUCCUCCUAAAUACAUUCAGUGCAUCUGCUUAAUGGAAUUUAGAUAAAUUGGCAGGAAUUUGUUCCAUUGGACUUUCUUGCAUUACCAAAUUUAUGUUAGUAAAGGUUUUGUCCUGGUGAAAUAAUCAUGAUGCAAAGGACUGCCUUAAGCCUUCUGCUUCUAGUAUAGCAUCCUCCUGAUCCCUACUGUUGGCUUUUCUUGUGCUUUUGAGUGUCAAACACUUUCAUCCAGUGGCAGUCAAGGUUCUUGUACCUCUUACACGGCCAGUGUCAGAAUCCCAUGCACAGAUCAUGCUAAGGAACCCAGUUUAAUCAUCCAGCCCUACCUGUGUUCAGUGGGUUAAUCCUAGCUGUAGCUGUCCAUGGAAAAACUCCAUUCAGUUCAGUCGCCAUCCAGAAUGUUAAGAAUCAUGCAAACACACAGCUUGGAUAAAUGAAGAGUAUUUUAAAAAUUUUAAAAUUUCUAUAAGAGAUGAAAUGUUUUAACACAGAAAAAUAACCAAAACAAAACCAAACAACAAAACAAACAAAUAAAAAACAACAACAAAACCAAACCAAAAAAAAAAGCUGUCAGGUAGUAUGUUAGAAACGUAAGCCAUUUCUUUAAGAGUGAACCCAAGCUACAACAACCUUAAAUGAAUAAUUGCUUUCAAUUCAGAUUCUGUUAGUUUUUUUUUUCAAAUCAGACUUACAAACUAAGCCAAACCAACCCUCUGACCUCAGCACACAGACGUUGAAGGGGAGCAGCCAUUGGUUUUUCUUUGGUCCUUGGCAGCACACGCUGAGCUCUCGGUGAUGCUGGGCAGGGGAGGACGAGGGUGGAUUCGCCAGGGUCGGUGCUGCUCCACGACUGCGCAGCGUGGGGAUGCUUCAGCCACAGCACAACGUGCCAAACUGCAGCCAGGAUGUGUGGCUGCCAGCAUUCUGCCCUUUCCACUCCCACAGUGGUCUUGUUUAAAUCAAUCUCAACUCACGUGCUUUUGCGGCUCCUUCUGUGGUCCGCAGCUCCAUCACGACUAAAAGCUUUCUGAGAAAAAAUCCACUCUCUCCAUCUGACUCUUUGUAGCUGGUGUAAAUCCAAACAGCAAAUUUAUGACCAGGUAGGCUGUCUGCUCAGAGAUUGAAAGCAGAAUGUGAAGCUUCUUGGAGAUACACUAACUCCAGUCUGCUGCAGUUUCCUUUCUAGGCAAGGAACGUGUUGUGAUUUAGACAUCACGUACAUAAUCGGUGUAUAUACAAACUGCAGUAGUCCUGUAUGUACUAUAUAUGUAUAUGACUAUCCAAAAAAGCACAUUUUAAAAUAAUCUGUUGAGUGCUGUGCAGAGUUAUAUCGCUCUGUGCUGGUGGGUAAAUACCUUGACUCAGACUGAGACUAUAGUUCAGAGCAACUGUUACCACUGAAGGACAGACUUCAGGCUAAAAAAUAAUUUUUUCCCCCUUAACUAUCACCCAUCAAAUUACAGAUAUUUUGCUUGUAAAGAGCCAGGGCUGUCUCCAAACUGCAAUCCUUGGGCACUCACCUCUGCUGUGUCUUCAGUAGUGCCUUCAUCUCCCCUGGCUAUACAGUGAGGGUAAUGCCACCAGUCUGCUGCCCACGCCCAGCAAGCCCUGCCACCCACUCACCCACAAUAUCUAUUUAUUUUCACCUACCUCUCUUCACAAUGAAUGUCCUUGCAGUGCUCUGAAUUUUGUUAGUUGUCGCCUCUCCCUUCUUUCCACUCUCCAACAGUCGUCAUGGUUGAAGAAUAAAUAAUUCAAAGCAGGAUUCAGCCUUCCUGUAAGGUGGUUUAAAGAGAGAGCUGUUGCUCAGGAUUCGUGUUAGGUCAGCAGUUUCAGGCAGUUCGGUCUCUACCUCUUUCUGAUGUAAAUUAUUUGGAGUACAAUUCCCAAUGCAUUGAUUAAACCUAUGCUUAUCACUCAGACUACGUGACAGGUUGCUGCAGAAUCCUCUUCUGCAGUGGCUUUGUUGCUGAUUGCCACUGUAAAAUGUGCUUAAUGGUCUUCUAGGGGAUAAUGGUCCUUCACUGGCACUUUCAGGAUUGUAAUUUAUAUGUUCUUUCUUAAAAACUCUUAGUAUGUGUAGAUGGGAACUGGGAUUUAACAGCUUGAUCUGUGAUCACGUAGUUUAUCCACUGAGAUCCAUCUGGAAGAGAACUCUGUAUGAAAUACCUUUAAUAUAUGUUAUCUUUUCUGUUAGCACUUUUAAAAAUUUGUAUUUAAAUGUUAAUUUAGUUAAAUUGCUAUGCUCAAGCAUGCCUUCUUUCCUCAGAUUUACACUUCUUUAUUUAAAAAGCAAAGUGAACACAAAGCAUGGCUUAGAGAAAGCUGGCUCUUCUCCAGAUCUGUCUUUAUUUUUAAAUAUUGAUUAUUAUGUUUAGCAUUUUCCCACUCUGUGCCUUCAGCUGUUUAACUCAACCACUCUUUCUCUGAAAUAAGCAUUAAAACAGUGGAAUAUUUUUAUUAUUCUGUCAUAGAAAAAGUUGUCUAUGGAUAUAAAAGCCUACUCAUAAAAUCUUACAUUGAGGAAGUCUUCAAAAACACUUUGAAGUUCUUGGGGAAAAAAACCCCAAACAAUAGUGACCCAUGGUGAUUUCUGCAAAUGUGAUGGCUUAUAUCUCAGAAAAGCACUAUUGGGAAUAAAAUAAAAUAAAUUAAACCAUCAAAACGCCCAAAUCACCAGCAUUACAGAACCAACACUUCAAAUAUGAGCUGAGGCAUUUGCUGGCUGACCUACAAGAAGCAUCCAGGACAAUGUCCAUGUUUCAUUUUCACCAGAAGGUUCCCUUUCUUCUUCAUUUUUUUUUUUAAUUGGCAUUUUGUAGCUGAGGUUGCUUAUCUUAUCUGAUAAAGCUGCUGUAGGUGACUGUAGAAAAAGAACAUUAGACCUCAAGACUGAAUUUUUGCAAUCCAACAUUACAAACAUGUUUUUGCUCAUGCAGUUUAUUCCACUGGAUCUACAAGAAUUUCUCAAUGUUUGUGAAACAGUACCAAAGUGUGGGCAUGUUUUAAGCACAGUGGCUGCUUUUCAUCACCCUGCAACUUGAGCACUGAAGUCUUUGCAGGACAUGAUUCCUUGUUUGUGUGGUUUGUAAAAGGUACAAAUGAAAAAGCUACAAAAAGGUACAAAUGGUACAAAAUUUGUACAAAAGGUACAAAUGAAAAAGCUACACAAUGGUUGUUUUCCUCUGUUUUCAAUAGUAAAUGAAUAAAAUUGUGCAAACUUAUUCUUUCAGACCAUUAACUGAAAAAUUAGCAUUUUAUCAUUGCAUAUAAAUAGAACGUAAUUAAAAUGAAUUGCAUGAACUUCCAUAAAGCUUUUUCCUCAAACUUUAUUGAUUCACAUAUAUAUUACAGUCAUAAAUUGAUCUCUUUUUUUUUUUUUCUGAAAGAAAUUCUAGCAAGGUAGAUGUUAAGUAAAACAAUCCACAAGACAUAACCCUGAUGAGUAUCCAAAUUAUUUCAAGGUGUGAAUGCCAGUGGACAAAGACUUUAAGAUUAAUUUGAAAUCAGAAGAAAAGAAGUAUAUUGAAAAAGUGCUACUAUAUUGAAAUCUUUGGGGAUAUUUUUAUUUUAUUUUUUGUGGUGUAAAGUGUCAUUACCUUAAGGAGCAGAAGGUAUAGCUGCUGUCAAAGUUGAAUGACAUACAUGAGUGAAUACUGUAGAUGAAAUACUACUGCUUAUAAAAUAUUUUUCCAUUUUGAACAAAUCUGUAAACUACACCUUUGUUUAUAAGAAAAUGCUUGUAAUAGUCACUGUAAUAUUCAGCUGGGGAUAAAAAAAAAUUUGUGAAAUAAACACUUUUGAAGAAA